CGUCACUCCCUAUCGCUUUCUCUUCUCCCCGAAGGAAGGAAAGAAACAAUCCAAUCAUAUUAUAGCUAGUAUCCAAUAUUCUUGUUGUCUUUCACCUUUUGGUCUAGGUUGUCUAGUGCUUGCUAUUCUUCUACUAGUAGUAUUAUAACUGGGUUGUUCAUUAUUUGAAGAUUUUCUUUUCAUUGGGGGGACCGGGCUAGAACGAUUUUUCACCAUCUUUAUCUGGUCGGUUUCAUGAUAAAACUGUGAAAAGUUGUGUCUUCUUCCAAAGCUGUGUGGGUAUGGAAGGGUUUGUACGAGGAGAGCGCAUGGAGGGUUUGGGGGAAAGAAGAAAAGAUUCACGCCUUCUUUUGCCGCGGCGAUGGGGUUUUGGGCCGUGGGCGGAUGCGGCCGAGAGAGAGAGACCUCCCGCGCGGCGGCCGAGAGCAGCCGAGGCAGGGGGGACGGCCGGCGGCGGCGACCACGAAGCCGUCGGUUUGUUUUGUUACUACUCCAUUUCUGUUCCCCCUCCCUGAUCAAGUAAACUAGUUUGUAGGAUCGCAUCAACUCGGAUGAGGAAUUUUUGCCGAUUAGAUUUAGUUUUCAAGCUGGAAAUAUGGUUUGUUGAAAAACGAUGGGCACAUCGUGCGAAAGAUGCAGACGGCGCGAUGAGCAGGACUACAGGAAUUUGGAUGAUUCCCAAAAACACUUCUUGCUAACUAUGAUGGGUGAUUUUCAACAUGAGAUGAUCAUUCCAAAAGAAUUUGUGCAGCGUUUAAAGGGUGACAUCCCUGGAGAAAUCCAACUGGAAACACGUAACAGAAACAGUCACACUGUUAGAGUUGACAAGACCCAAGAAAAGGUUAUCUUUACAGAGGGAUGGGCACAAUUCGUCAAAACCUUUGAUCUGCAGAUGGGUGACUCCAUGAUGUUCAGAUUCAAUGGAAAUUCUCAGUUUGAUGUCAUUAUAGUUGAUCAAAUUGGCCGCGAGAAAGCAUGUUCUGCUGUUGUGGAUGAUUCUCAGAAUCCUAAUGUGCAAGAAAGGCGUGUAGAUGCUACUGAAACAUUGAACAGUUCGCGCGCUCAUUCUCAGCCCAUGCCAAUGCAGUCAACUACUGAAACUGUGAACCAUUCACAUGCUCGUCCUUGUCCCAUGCAUACUGCUGUUGAUUGCAUGCCCCUUUCUCAUGCUCAUCCUCAACCCAUGCCGAUGCAAUUCCCUACCGAAACUGUGAACCAUUGUCAUGCUCCUACUGGUCCCAUGGAAAUGCCACUUGAAAACGUUGCCCUUUCUCAUGCUCAUGCUAGGCCCUUGCAAAUGCAGUCACAACCAACGGAUAGAUUGACACAGGUGCAAAGAGGAUAUUCUUUGUCCUCUAAAGAUCAGGAUUGCAGAGUAGGUGUUAUACCUGAUCCCAUCAUCGGGCAAAAGACCAUACUAAGUCGAGUUCAGGUGAAUGUGGUGAAGCGCAAGAUCCAAAAUAUUGGUUCUCAAAUUCCAAUCUUUGUAUCUGUCAUUGGAAAGAACAACGCCUCUGGAAGAAUAUCCUCUCUAAGUAUCGCCAACCGAUAUGUUGAUAAUUACCUUCAAGACGAGAAAACUAUCCGUCUUUCGCGUCUUGGGGACAAGUGGAACAUCAGGCUUUCUGAUUCGAGUGGUAACAGAAGGAUGGUUGGUGGAUGCCGAAAGUUUGCGGAAGACAAUGAUGUUGGAGUGGGUGAUAUCUGCCUGUUCGAGCUGUUGAAGAAUCAUAAAUGCACAAUGAAAGUUCAUAUCAUCAGGGCAAAGGAUAUCUGUUAAUCGAAAAGCCUGUUGAAUCUGCUGAUUUCUCUGAUGACUGUUGCUGGUGCUUUUGUGCUGCUGAGAAUGGUAGUCUAUCCACAGUUUAUGCAACUACUGGUACUAAGUUGUUAUUGAACUAGUACAUUGCAUGCUGAUUAGAUGGUGAUUUCCCUUGCUAAUUCUCUUUUUUUGGGUGAUACACUAGGGGGGUUCCCUUGCUAAUUAAUGACCCAUGUAAUUACUGAUACUUACUUUUGGUGCAAUGCUUUUGUAGUUAGUUAUCAACUGUUCAGGGGCUGUAAGCAGGCUUUCCGCUGUUUUUUUCUCCUUCGGUUCUCUCAAUUAUAUCACGGUUAUUGCUCUCAAAUACAAUCCAGUUAAAAAAAAAGGCUCUUGUAUUUUGCUCCUCUAGAAUUCUCAAAACUUGGAACAUCAGCUCCUUAUUUACGCAAAUAUAUCGACUUCUAUAUUGUC